AAAGAAGGAGAUUUGGAAAGUCCCAGCGUUCUUCGCGGCUGGCCUUUCUCUUCCGGUGGCGGUUGGUGGUGCUGGUGGAAUCUGAGACGUUCAGUCAAGAGUCAUGGCCAAGUCGAAGAACCACACCAACCAUAACCAAUCCAGCAAGUGGCACAGAACAGGGAUCAAAAAGCCCAAGUCUUAUCGAUUUGAACCCCUGAAAGGAGUAAGUGUGUUAGUUGACUUUUGGUGCUGACUGUGAAUUCUGAUG